AUGAAGGGAAUCAUGCGAUUCGGUAAGAAAGGCAAGCUAAGUCCAAGAUAUUUAGGUCCUUUCGAGGUACUAGAAAGGAUUGGAGCUGCAGCUUACAGGUUAGCCCUUCCACCUCAGUUGUCGGCUAUUCACGAUGUCUUCCAUGUCUCUUUGCUUCGAGAGUAUGUUCCAGACCCCACACAUGUACUUGAGUACGAGCCUCUUCAAGUUCGCGAGGAUUUGACUUAUGAGGAAUUUCCAAUCGGAAUUCUUGCACAAAAAGCUCAAGCACUCCGCAAGAAGACCAUUCCGAUGGUCAAAGUGCUUUGGAGCAACCACACGGAAAAAUAG